CCUUAGUAACAAUGUACGGCAGAUGAAAGAUGGCGGAAGGAGAAAAAACACUAAACGGACUAGAGCUCAGUAUGAAAUGGCUGGAAUCUGCGGACUGUGGCCCAGACGUGCUGCAGUACCUGGUGGAGCAGGUGCCACAGAUCUACUGCCUGGGGGCAGAGCCGCAGCCCCAGGAGGAGGAGCUGGCGGUAACGAGGCUGCUGCAGCCGCUCGAGUGGUUCCUGUUUGGGGAGGACCCCAGUGUUGGCCUGGAGAAGCUGCAGCAGAGCAGCACCUCCUCGCAGCUCUGUGGGCGUGUCUUCAAGGAGGGGGAGACCACUUACUCCUGCAGGGACUGCGCAAUCGAUCCCACGUGUGUGCUCUGCAUGGACUGCUUCCAAAACAGUGUCCACAAAGGCCAUCGCUACAAGAUGCACGCCUCUUCUGGUGGAGGCUUCUGCGACUGUGGAGACCUGGAGGCCUGGAAGACCGGACCCUGCUGCACCAGGCAUGACCCAGGGGCCACAGUGGCCAUGGAGACGGACGGGGACUGUAUCCUGGAGGCGGGCUUACAGGAGCGUGCUCUGAAGCUGUUCCAGGUGCUGCUGCGCUAUACAGUGGACCUGCUGGUGUGGGAGGAGAACUACGAGCUGCCGCCCGAGCUACAGCCCAGUGUGAAGGAAGACACGUAUUACUGCGUAUUGUACAAUGAUGAGCACCACUCGUACGACCACGUCAUCUACACCCUGCAGCGCUCAGUGUACUGUGACCAGCGGGAGGCACAGAUGCACACCACCCUCAUCGACAAGGAGGGGCGCAGAGCUGUGAAACGGGGCACCCGAAAUGCCUGUCAGCAAGCAAAGGAUCUCAUCCGGUCCAACUCGGAGCACAUCUCCCUGCAGCCCUUGCGUGUGGAGAUCCUGCACUCUGCAGUCAUGGCCCAUCAGAGCUUUGCCUUGCGUUUAGGGACCUGGUUCCAGCAGAUUAUCAGCUACUCAGUGGGGUUCAGACAGGUGUUCUGCCAGGUGGCGCUGGAGCCCAACCCAGUUGCAGACCAACCCAGCCUCAUCAGCCGACUGAUGCUACAUGAUGCCAGGCUCUACAAAGGGGCCCGGAAGAUCGUACAUGAGUUGAUUGUCUGCAGUUUGUUGAUGGAAACUGAAUACAAAAGGCUGUUUGCAAUUGAAUUUACUAAGCAUUACAAGCAGCUGCAGAAGGACUUCAUCAGCGAUGACCACGACAGGAGCAUCUCCAUCACCGCCCUGUCCGUGCAGAUCUUCACCGUGCCCACUCUGGCCAGGCAGCUGAUAGAGGAGGGGAACGUGGUCAAGGUGAUUGUGGACACAGUGAUGGAGAUGCUCUCUGAACAUCUGGACGCCAACAACCGCUUCCAUUUUCAGGGCUACAACUCUGACAAGUUUUUCAGGAUUCAGGUGAUCUUCCACGACCUCAGGUAUAUUUUGAUUAGCAAGCCCGCGGUGUGGACCAGCAAGCUCCGCACCCAGUUCCUGGAGGGCUUCCACACUUUUCUGGGAAUGCUGUCCUGCAUGCAGGGGAUGGAGGAAGUGAAGCGGCAGUUUGGCCAGCACAUUGAGGUGGAGCCGGAGUGGGAGGCAGGGUUCUCCAUUCAGAUCCAGCUGAGGCACAUCCUCUCCAUGUUCCAGGACUGGUGUGCAUCUGAUGAAGAGGUGCUGCUGCUGGCUUUUAAAGAGUGCCACAGUGCACUGACGCGCUGCAACAACCAGCCCUUCCACAGCGAGGCCGUCGACUCCUACAUGUGCAAACACAUCCUGCACGCCCGGCCCUACAAGGUGUCGCAGGAGCCCGUCAGCAUCCACCUGCCCAUCUCCAGGCUGCUGGCCGGUCUGUACGUCCACCUGUGUAGGACCGGGGCGAUCAAACGCCUCCAUGAAUACGUGCAUCUGGAGUGCUCUGACUUCACCUAUUUCGCGGAGCACCCGCUGCGCUGUGUGGUGCUGGCCGCCCAGGUCUCUGCGGAGAUGUGGCGCAGGAACGGACUUUCGCUCGUGAGCCAGGUGUACUAUUACCAGGAUGUGAAAUGUAGAGAUGAGAUGUUUGAUAAGGACAUUAUCAUGCUACAGAUCGCUGCUUCUAAAAUGGACCCCAAUCACUUUGUGAUGCUAAUCCUUCAGAGGUUUGAGCUGUUUGAUAUUUUUAAUGGGAGCUGCUCCACCAAAGAUCAGGAGCUCCUGAAGCAGUGGAACAGGCUAACGGAGGAGAUGCUUCACCUUCUGAUCAUCAUCAUAGGUGAGCGGUACGUUCCAGGUAUCAGUGAGGUGUCCAAGGAGGACGUGACCAUGAGGGAGGUGAUCCACCUGCUGUGUAUCGAGCCCAUGGCCCACAGCAGCCUGGUCAAGGGUCUGCCAGAAAACGAGAGCCAUGAAACUGGUCUGGAAAAUGUCAUCCCUAAAGUUGCCACUUUCAAGAAACCUGGGGUUUCUGGCCAUGGCCUUUAUGAGGUGAAGAAAGAAUGCCUUCAGGAGUUCAAUCCCUUCUUCUACCACUACUCCAAAUCUCAGCACAGCAAGGCCGAGGAUGCCCAGAAGAAGAGAAAAAAUCAGGAGGGUAGUGAUAAAGCCCUGCCGCCCCCCGUGCCGCCUCCCUUCUCCCCGCUGUUCUCCAGCAUCGUGCGCCUGCUCAACUGUGACAUCCUCGUCAACGUGCUGCGGCGUGUGCUGCAGAGAGUGGCAGAGGACCGGGCCACGCAGUGGACCGAGGCCAUGGUGCAGAGGGUGCUGCACCUCAUUGGCCAAUGCCUAGUAGAGGAGAAAACCCAGCUGGAGGCCAGCAGUGAGGAAGAGGUGGCCUUUGACUUUAGCCUCAAGGCUAGGGGAAGUGGUUCGGAGCAUGUAAAAUCCCUGUUCCAGUUUCUGUCCAAGCUGAAGACACUUCCUGCCCUAGAAGCCCAGAAGGACAUGAUCCAUUGGACCCUGCAGAUGUUUGAAACUGUCAAAUGUCUACGGGAGAAGUCCAGCCCCCCUACUUCCAUGAGUGUGGACCAUACCAAGCCAGAGGAGAGCGUUCAGGACAAGGAGAAAGCGGAGCGGAAGAGGAAGGCGGAGGCAGCCAAACUCCACCGGCAGAAGAUCAUGGCCCAGAUGUCGGCCAUGCAGAAGAACUUCAUCGAGACGCACAAGAUGCUUUACGAGAACAUGCCCGAAAGCGGGGGGCAAGGGGAGUCCUCGGCCUCCAUUGAGAGCUACGCCAUGGAGCUGGGCGAGUCCCGGGUGGCGGUGGGGCCGCAGCGGGGCGUGACUCUGGCUGAAAGGGAGGUGCUGACCUGCAUCCUGUGCCAGGAGGAGCAGGAGGUGCAGGCCGACGCCCCUGCCAUGGUCCUCACCGCGUGCGUGCAGAGGUCCGCAGUGCUGACCCAGUGCCGGGGCAAGGCCCUGCCCAACUCAGAAACCUUCGACCCUCUCUUCAUGCAUCCGGACCUAGCUGUGGGGACCCACACAGGCAGCUGUGGCCAUGUCAUGCAUGCCACCUGCUGGCAGAAGUAUUUUGAAGCAGUGCAGAACACCACACGGAAUCGCCUCCACGCGGACCUGAUCAUCGAUCUGGAGAACGGGGAGUACCUCUGCCCCCUCUGCAAGUCCCUCUGCAACACUGUGAUCCCUCUCAUCCCCCUGGAGCCUCUCGCCCUCAACUAUGAGAAUGCAGAGCUAGUGGGCCAGCUCCUCACACUCCCUCGCUGGAUCCAGAUCAUCUUGGCCAGGGUCAACGGGCUCAAGGCUGUCACCCAGGGGACUGCCAGUGGUGAGGCGGACAGCCAGCUGUAUGGGGAAGGCCAGGCCGACUUCCGGUCCAUCCUGAGCUUCGGUGUCCAGGCCCCCACCAGGUACUCGGACAGCAUCGCCGAGAUGCUGGUGGUGUGUGCCACCACGGUUCACCGUGUCGGCCUGAAGGUGGCGCCCAACGAGCUGGACCCGCGGGUGCCGAUCAUGUCCUGGAACACUUGCGCCUUCACCAUCCAGGCCAUCGAAAACAUGCUCACCGAGGAGGAGAAGCCGCUGUUUGGCUCCUUGCAAAACAGACAGCUUGCAGGUCUGAAGGCAGUGGUCCAGUUUUCAGCAGCGCAGCGACUGAAAUGCUCUCAGGCAGUCAUUCAGAGGCACUUUGUCGGCAUGCUGGCAGCCCUGUUACCCGUCAAAGAUGUGGAAGGCACACCCUCCAUCCUCGAAGUGGACUGCUUUCACCUACUGGUGGGACUUGUGCUGGCCAUUCCAGCGCUCUACCAGGAGGAGACAGUGAAGUUGCAGCCCUCCGCUAUCAGCUCGGCCUACAACCAUCUGCACGUUCUGCAGCUGGUCACCAUGGCCCAUGUGCUGCAGAUCCUGCUCUCCUCUCAGGACACCCCAGGGGUGGUGGGAGGGGCUGAGGGGGAGCAGUCGAGAUUGGCAGCUGAGCUCUACAGGACCGUGUCACAGUACGCCGAAGGGCUGACUGCAGACAUGCCUGCCUGGUGUGUGGCAGAGAGAGUGAGGAGAGGAAUCACCCCCUUUCUGCGGUGUUCUGCUCUCUUCUUCAACUGUCUCACAGGAGUGCCUCCCCCAGAGGAACUUUCCAGCACUGCAGUGUCCACUGAUGGCCAGAUGGAGGCCCUCUGCAGUUACCUGGCUUUGCCCUCCAACUUGUUCCAGCUCUUCCAUGACCACAGGGAGACAGUUUCUCCAUUGUUACAGAGAUGGUGUGAGAAUCCAGCAGUAGCUAACGCUCUGAAAGGAGAACUUCCAAUCAUUAGGUAUCCCAGGAAACAAAACCGGUUAAUUGAUCUUCCAGAGGAUUACAGUGCUCUGCUCAACCAGGCCUGUCACUUUCAGUGCCCCAGGUCGUCGGACGACGAGAGGAAGCACCCCACGCUGUGCCUGUUCUGCGGGGCCAUGCUGUGCUCGCAGAGCCUGUGCUGCCAGGAGCAGCUGGACGGGGCGGAGGUGGGCGCCUGCACCGCCCACGCCGCCACCUGCGGGGCCGGUGUCGGCAUGUUCCUCAGGAUUCGGGAGUGCGAGGUGGUUCUGAUGGCCAGUAAGACCAGAGGAAGCACGUACCCAGCCCCUUACCUCGAUGACUAUGGGGAAACGGAUCCUCAGCUCGGACGUGGAAACCCUCUACACCUCUCCCCAGAGCGCUACCGCAAGCUCCACCAGCUCUGGCAGCAGCACUGCAUCAUGGAGGAGAUCGCCCGCAGCCUGGAGGUGGUCAACGUCAUGUUCGCCUUCGACUGGCAGCUGCUGUGAGGGCCGGCGGGAGGUGACACGGGCAGCGAGGGGCCGAGUUUGCGAGACUAGGAGAACCCCCACUCCCCCCACUCCUCCCCCCGUACCAAGCAGCUCCGGUGCGACCCGCAAUCCUCACCACUGUUGGCGUCGGCCUCUGAACGGCCGCUUGCUGCUCAGAGUUGGCCGGGAAAGCGGGGGGGGGGGAUCAGCGCGAGUCGAGGGGAGCGCCACCAAGCCAGGUGUCCGUUAAAACCGUCAGGCCCGGGAUGCUGCUAGGCCCCGGAAGGAGGUCCAGACCAUUUCCUUUGGAAGAGUGACCACGUCUCUCACAUAAAAGCUUACUCAAAAUAAUAUUCAGAUCUACACAUUUUCCCGCUGUCAGCUCACAUAUUGAAAGUCACCUCCAGGUGGCGCUACGAAUUCUGAGGAUUUGAUGGUUGAAGAAGGUCUACAGGGGUGCGUACAUCUGUGAAUCAAGGACAUGGGAAGAGGAGUCUUCUCUAUAGGAAAUAGUUGCAUACAAAUUUUCUGUUUAUGCUUGUUGUCUUUUGCUGGGAGGCCAUAUGCGUCCCAGUAUGUCCAGUCCUCAGACACAGGCAUUUGCCAUUAUUAUCCACAUGAAAUUGGAAAUUAUAUAUAUAUAUAGAUUUGUUUUCUGUUUAUAUGCAAAAAUAUAUGAAAUAUAUAACUGAUAAAUUCAGACGUUUAUGGACUCAUCCAGUCAGUAAUGUGUGUCAGGCUUCAGUGUUUGCUUUGAUUUUUAAUCUUGACUCUAAAAACACCAGGGCUUAUUCUCCAUGUGGCUCCACUUUGCUGUUUAUCAGUUAAACUGUACAUAAUCAAAGCCAGAGGUUUCUCAGUGAGGGAGAACUGCAAAGGGUGUUUGGGAAUGAUACCUAAGGACACUGUGUCAGUGGAAGUAGCAAGCACACAUUUACUGUGAUGGCCCUUACAGGGCUUGUUGGUAAUGCUUUGGUAAAGUGAACACAACAGUUUCACUUGGUGUAUCUUUGCUGGGUAACAUCUGUAGACACAGAGCACAUUGUGUCGGAUAUGAGUGGCAUUCACUCAUGGGAGGAUGGCGGGAGUAGUAAUCAGCCAGUACUCUGUUGUUAUUCCCAAUUUGCAUUUCUGUUGAAGAAAAAAAGCUCAUAUCUAGGAUAUCUUUAAUAUGAGUAUCACUCAGAGCCCUGCUGGAAUGAUCACCAUGGGAAAAGCUUUACUAUGCCAGCAGCUCUAACGAUCAUUGCAGGUUAAGAUGCACUCACUCAAUGGAGCACAUGUUCGCUGUAUCGCCACGCUUAGGAAUACUGAAUGCAUUUUAUGGGCUGGAAUCAGGUAUUUGUUGUUAAAAUUAAGAUACCAUAGAAUAAAACUCUUUCACAUAAUACAUUUUAGAUGGGUGACAGACAUUAGUGUUUUGUUGGGUUUUAUUUCUGAAUUUCCUUUAUUUGCUCCUUUGAGGUAUGUGCUGGUAUGAGACUAAUUUAAGA